GUGUUGAUUGUGCGUGUUAGUUUGAAGAUGCUCUAACAUCCAUACAUAGUCAGACAUGGCCACCACCAGCUUCCAUCACCGCCAUACCUAAAACUGCUCCAACUUCUCUAUCUUUACUUUGUCAAACCUCUCAUCUCACCAUCCAUCUGUUCAUAUUCCUCUGCUCUCUUGUACUCAUCCAUGGCCUCCACAGAACAGCCCCCACCCCCUGAAGAACAAUCACCUCCACCAAGCCCCCUACCUUACAAGACAUGGGUUUUGAAAGUUCCAAUUCACUGUCAAGCAUGCAAGAAAAAAGUCAAGAAGAUCUUACAAAGCGUCGACGGUAGUUUAAGCUUCAACCUUUAUUACUUUCUAUUCAAUUUUCCUCAUGUUUUUGUGAUCUUGUUGUCUUUCUUGAACUGAUAAGAAUAUCUGAUUGUUUAACUCUGUUUCUUUUCUCCGGCAUACCAGGAGUUUACAUCAUAGAUAUUGAUGAGAAGCAACACAAAGUGAUGGUUACUGGCAACGUUGAAGCAGAGGCCUUGAUCAAGAAGCUACUCAAGUCCGGGAAGAACGCAGAGAUUUGGCCGCCACCUGAAAAAGAAAAGAAAUCUAAGGGAAAGAAAGAUAAGAAAAACAGCGAUGAUGAUGAUUAUGAAGAUGAGGACGAAGACUAUGAUGAAGAGGAAGAAGAUCAGAAGCCGCCGGUAGCAGCAGAGAGUAUGAUGAAACAGAGCACUCUGAAGCCGGUAGUUAAAUUUGACGUCCUGCCGCCGCCGGGAAAUGCACAGGCCGCCGGAGAAGGUGCGGAUAAGGGUGCCAAAAAGAAGAAAAAGAAGAAGAAGAAAAAGAGAGCUCAGAACACGGCGGCGGCGGGACCAGGUUGUGUGGGUGCGCCGGCGAACGCCGGAAACGAACCGUCGAUGGUGGGGAUGGGCCCCCAUUAUGUGGGUUUGGAUCAAGGGAAUAUGGGCCGCCCGUAUCCGAACCAAUACCCACCGAGCUAUCUUUAUGCGCCCCAACAGGGUUACGUCGUGAAUUACAGUGCUGCUGCGGCGGCGCACCCGGCGGGCGGAACCGGUGGCCCAGCGUACUACUACCCGCCGCCACCGGCACCGGCACCGUACACGCCAGCGGAGGUCCACGCCAUGCGAUGCCGGCCGUUGGAUUCUUUUGAGAUUUUGAGCGAUGAGAACCCUAAUGCCUGCUAUGUUAUGUGACCACCGACCAUCAUUAUGCAAUUCAAAUCUGUAUUAGUGGACUAUUAAACCAAGUUUAGGCCUCGUUUGGAUCCGAUUUGGGUGAUGGGAAUUGAAUUAGUACAUUAGGAAGUGACGCAAAUUCAAUUCACAGGAACUUUGCAACAUUCAUGAUAGUGGUGUGGGGGAAUGUAUCAAACCCUAGUAAUAGUGGUGUUUUUUGCAAUUAGCUGUUAUUCAUUUACUCGUACUUUAAAUGAUCAAUUUAGCUAUUUUUACAUAUAAUUUUUUCUUGGGGUUUUGCCCUAAGUAUUACUAAAUAGAAGUCAAUUUCCAUAAGUGUGACUACUUUUAGAUAUUGACAAAAAUGUUACUAAUAAGGUCAUAUAUUUGGAAAAAUGUCACUGCAGGUCUGUUAUGUCA